AACAACAGGAUUGGCAUCGUUGGUAGAAAAAGAGUGCAGUUAAAUUUGGAACAGAUAGAGACAGUUCCAUUCCACAGAAGAACAAACAUACGCUCACUGUCUGCAGCCAUACAAGUACCAAAAUCCACACUACAUAGGUGCAUACAACAAGGGCAACUGCAAAGCCACACAAAUGCUAUCAAACCUUUCCUCACAGAAGAGAACAAGUUGAAAAGUAGGGAGGCCUAUCUUUGGUCCUGAAGGGGAAGUAAUUUGGGAUGGGAAAGUAGGCAUUUGGCCUCUAAAUAUUCAAGUUCCAGCACAAAGGAGGAGUAAGAAUAGGGCUGCAGGAACUUUAGAGACCAAACUCAUACCUAGAAUCACAAAAGAGGUGUACAGAACACUCAUGAUUCAGCAAGUACUGCCAGCAAUAAAGGAGAAGGUACCAGAAGCCAUCACUAAACACAUCAUCAUACAGCAGGAUAAUGCAAAGCCACAUAUUGAUGUUAAUGACCCAGAGUUUGUGCAAGCAGCCAAUGCUGAUGGUUACAGCAUUGAGCUAACUUGUCAACCACCAAACUCACCAGACCUAAAUAUUUUAGACCUGGGGUUCUUUGCAUCAAUUCAGUCAUUACAACAUCAGACAUCAACAAGAAAUGUGAAUGAGUUGGUUCAACAUGUGGCUCAAGCAUAUGCCAAUUUAGAAGCUAAGAAACUAAACUAUGUUUGGAUUAGUUACCAGUUAGCAAUGACAUAGAUCAUGAAGGUACAAGGAGGAAAUAAUUACAAGUUGGCACACAUUGGAAAGGCAAGACUAGAAAGGGAAGGUGCACUGCCAAACCAACUUCAGGUAAGCACAGAACUGUAUCAGGCCAGUGUGUGUGCUUUACAGGGUGUUCUA